GCGGGCAAGAUUGGAGGCGUUUCCAGUUGGUUGGUGCAUCUAGGGCGAGAGCGCUGACGCAUCUGAUAAGUUAUGAGUGGCCCGCUUUGUCGUUGAGGGUGCGACCUACGGCAGCGUGAAGAUGCUAGAACUCUAAACAGUAAGCGUGGCGGCUAUGUAUUUUCAGUGAGUCCGUCCGUGGCUUGGUGUUCUCGCUCUGCGUCUACAUUUACUUUCACUGUGCUCGUGAAAGACAUUCGCUGAUCUUUCUAACAUGAAGCAACCGGAUGGCUGGGCGUGGUGCGCGUUGGUUUGCGGAAGUUUGGAGGCGAAGCGACUUGCGUGAACCAGCGGAAGCCGGACAGGGGCAGGGGGUGGGCUCGCU